CUCUCUGGCGGCGGCGGCGGCACGGCACGGCACGGCACGGCACGGAGCGCCCGGCCGGGAAGCUAUUCAGAUUAUGCAUCAAAUUGGCUCUUUAAACAAAUGGAAAUGAACAACAGUUGAAAUAAUAAAGAUUUUUAGAAAGACCUCAGUGUUCUGUAAAGCAUGUAUGCAAAGCUCAGUGACAAAAGGUAUAAGACGCAUGAGCCCUCUAUGGCAAGUACAUUGGAAGGAGGAGUUGCAGGCUCUAAAACCCAGAUAAACUCAAACAUUUGGACCCAGAGCUGCCGGGAAACUUGGAAGAGAAACUGACUGGAAGACUAUUGCUAUAAAAGUGGAACCCAUUCUUCUGCAACAUCAUUAAUUAAAAAUAAAUACGCAAAUUAUCGGCAACAUAAUGACUGAUCUUGGUGCUUUUUGAAUCUCUGGAUGAUUUUAUUCUUUAGGAAUUACUAUUGACAUUUUUCUAUCCCUUUUAGUAUAUAUUUGUACAUAAAAUAUAACUGGACAGUUCAGGUUUUGUAUUGUUUAAUAAUAUUAUUGAAUGUUAAAAUACUUCCCAAGGAUGAGUGCAGAAGGAUACCAGUACAGAGCUUUAUAUGACUACAAAAAAGAGCGGGAAGAAGACAUUGACUUGCAUGUAGGGGAUAUAUUAACUGUGAAUAAAGGUACCUUACUAGCACUUGGAUUCAGUGAAGGGGAAGAAGCAAAGCCUGAAGAAAUUGGUUGGUUGAAUGGCUUUAAUGAAACCACAGGUGAAAGGGGUGACUUUCCAGGAACAUAUGUAGAGUACAUUGGAAGAAAAAAGAUUUCUCCUCCAACUCCAAAGCCUCGUCCUCCACGACCCCUUCCUGUAGCACCAAGCCCUGCAAAAGCUGAAGCAGAGUGUGAACAACAAGCUUUUGCACUUCCAGAUCUCACCGAGCAGUUUUCACCCCCUGAAGUGGCUCCAUCGUUCCUUAUCAAGGUAGUGGAGGCUAUCGAAAAGAGAGGUCUGGAGUGUUCCACUUUGUACAGAACUCAAGGGUCAAGCAGCUCCACAGAAUUAAGACAAAUUCUUGAAUGUGAGCUCUCUUCAUUGGAUUUUGACACAAUUGACUUGCAGACCUUAUCAGAUGCUCUCAAGAGAUAUCUCCUGGACCUGCCAAAUCCAGUCAUUCCAGCAUCUGUGUACAGUGAAAUGAUUUCUGUAGCUCAAGAAGUGCAGAGCUCAGAGGAUUAUGUUCAGUUGCUGAAGAGACUCAUCAGAUCUCCAAAUACACCUCCCCAGUAUUGGCUCACCCUUCAGUAUUUACUGAAACAUUUCCUCAGACUUUGUCAAGCCUCCAGCAAAAAUCUUCUGAAUGCAAGAUCCCUUGCUGAAAUUUUUAGCCCUCUACUUUUCAAAUUCCAGAUAUCAAGCUCUGAUAAUGCUGAGCACCACAUAAAAAUCCUAGAUGUUUUAAUCACAAGUGAAUGGAAUGAGAGACAACCUGUACCAGCAUUGCCUCCUAAACCCCCAAAACCUAGUACUGUAACUAACAACGGUAUGAAUAACAACAUGUCAUUACAAGAUGCUGAAUGGUACUGGGGAGAUAUCUCAAGGGAGGAAGUAAAUGAGAAGCUUCGAGACACUGCUGAUGGCACCUUUCUAGUACGAGAUGCUUCUACAAAGAUGCAUGGAGACUAUACGCUCACACUAAGGAAAGGAGGAAAUAACAAAUUAAUCAAAAUAUUUCAUCGAGAUGGGAAGUAUGGCUUUUCCGACCCAUUAACUUUCAACUCUGUGGUUGAGCUAAUAAACCACUACCGGAAUGAGUCUCUAGCCCAGUAUAAUCCUAAACUGGAUGUAAAAUUACUUUAUCCUGUAUCCAAGUAUCAGCAGGAUCAAGUUGUAAAAGAAGACAGUAUUGAAGCAGUGGGAAAGAAAUUACACGAAUAUAACUCUCAGUUCCAAGAAAAGAGCCGAGAAUAUGACAGACUCUAUGAAGACUACACCAGAACAUCUCAGGAAAUUCAAAUGAAAAGAACAGCUAUUGAAGCAUUUAAUGAGACCAUAAAAAUAUUUGAAGAGCAGUGCCAGACGCAGGAAAGAUACAGCAAGGAGUACAUCGAGAAAUUUAAACGGGAAGGAAAUGAGAAAGAAAUACAAAGAAUUAUGCACAACUAUGAAAAACUGAAGUCUCGAAUAAGUGAAAUUGUGGACAGCAGACGCAGACUGGAAGAGGAUUUAAAGAAACAAGCAGCUGAAUAUAGAGAGAUUGACAAACGUAUGAACAGCAUUAAACCAGACCUCAUACAGUUGAGAAAGACAAGAGACCAGUACUUGAUGUGGCUAACUCAAAAAGGUGUUCGACCAAAGAAGUUAAAUGAAUGGCUGGGCAAUGAAAAUACUGAAGACCAAUACUCCAUGGUGGAAGAUGAUGAAGACUUGCCCCAUCAUGAUGAGCGAACGUGGAAUGUAGGAAAUAUCAAUAGAAGCCAAGCUGAAAAUUUGCUGAGGGGAAAACGGGAUGGAACAUUCCUUGUUCGGGAAAGCAGCAAACAAGGCUGCUAUGCCUGCUCUGUGGUGGUGGAUGGUGAAGUAAAGCAUUGUGUGAUAAACAAAACUCCAACUGGGUAUGGAUUUGCAGAGCCAUAUAAUUUGUACAACUCCCUGAAAGAACUGGUGCUACAUUACCAGCAUACAUCCCUUGUGCAGCACAAUGACUCCCUCAAUGUCACACUAGCCUACCCGGUAUAUGCACAGCAGAGGCGAUGAAGACCUUGAUACCUGGGUUUUUUUUUUAAAAAAAUGCAACAACAUUGAGGCCUCAGGAGAGAGAGAAGGCUCCUUUCAACUUAAGUGAUGAAGUUGAGCUGCAGUAUCAAAGCUGUCUGUCUUCAGAUGGAACUAGAGCUUUCUUCGCAACUGCAGAGGGAGAGAUCACAGUAUUAAGCUGUGAAUGAAUGUUUCUAAUCUAAAGUGCUUUUUAUUAAGAGAAAAACACGAGAGAGAGAAAUGCUAAACCUGUCUCCCUGCAGGGACAUAGAGGCCUUUAACCAUGGUGCUUGUUUACGAUCUCUUUGAAGCUUUACCAGCUAAAAUGUUGGAUUCUGCAGAGCCACGGUGUAACAGGUCUUUGUAAUUCAGUUAACGGAAUUUCUUGGCUGUGACCUGGUUCGGAUUUGGUGUUACAAUACUCAGUGGAUCCAGACACGCAGCAUUGUGGAGUUUGUUUCUGAUGAAUGAUAUGUAGCAGAAUGGCACUUUCGUUUAUAAGGGACACUUUAAAAGGACUUCAGUUACAGUACGUUUUUCAGAAGAAUUGACGUAAUAACAAAGUGCCAGGAAGUGUUUGUUUAGACAUUUAAAAUCCUGUUUUAAGAACAUAUUUAAGACUGAAGAAAACAGGACUUUCAAUGGCAUACAGUAUAUAAUAAUGUACAUAAUCCUGGAUGACUAACUAUCAUUGAUGGAAAAUAUCAAUACCAAACUGCUUCUAUUUUCUCUCUUCUGUUUGCUGAAAGCUGAAUCCUUAGCCUGUGCUAUGCAAUACUGAAUUUUUUUAGGCUGUAGUUCUCUUUCAAGUGUACCUAUAGGCUAAGCUUUUUUUCUGUUUUUCUCUCUCUCUUUUUUGCCUGAAAAUGAUUUCUUGAUUUAUUAUUUUUGUUAAUAUUCACUUUGUUGGUUUUUUUGUUUGUUUUUUUUUGUUUGUUUUAUAAGUGUACAGGAUGCCAGAAAAGUUGGCCUCAAAAUUAAAACUAUGAAAUAUUUUACAGUUUUCUUUGUAUAGAAUAUUGAGCUGCAGGCUCAAUGUUUAAAAAGUUCAUAAUUUUUUUGACUAAAUAUUUGUUGGGCAGUGCCUGAUAAGCUUCAAAGCUGCUUUAUUCAAUAAAAUAUAUGAACAUUACAAAGUAUCAUUGAGUCCAACAAUAUUGUUUCAAGAAUAUCUUUAGAAUAUGGUACCAUGCUGUUUGCUUUGUAAAGUUUUUGGGACUUCAGUCUAGAUUGUCUUUGUGUCUGGAAGAAGAAAAACGUGUAUCCAUUUCUGAUGGUUACUGUAGAAAAACAAAGGAAAAAUUGGAUACUAGAAUAGUCCAUUUUAAUUUCAAAAUUAACACACGUAGAUUCUUCAUAGCAAGUAAAAUGACAUCUUAACCUACCUUGGUAGACUUUUUGUCAGCAUGUCAAGGUACUUUUCUUUUCAUAUGAAGGAAGUUUCUCUAGAGUAUAUGUGUAAGAUUCCCAAGUUUAUGCGGAACAGCAGGCUAAUUAAGAGCAGGAAACCUUGCUUUUGUAAAACAUUUUUGGGCUUUCCAGAAUCAAUAUUCUAUAGUUUUUCACAAAUUUAUGAACCGAAAGGUGUAUUCACCUUCAGGAAAAAAUUAAAAUUUCAGGUACCAAAGAGUUAUAGGGUUUAUUCACUGAAAAAAAAACGAAUGUCAGAGUCCCACUAACCAACAGGAUGUAGAAUUAUUUUCUGUGGUGGCCUCCAAUUGUUUUCUCAUUAUUGUCCCUAUCAACACACACAAACUUGUGCUGCUACUUCACAUAUCAUAGCAGUGAUGGAUGUGGGGAAUCCUGAAGGUUUUUAGUGUAGGUGAAUAUCUGAGUCUGUUCUUCACUUAAGAUGCAAGUGGAACAUCCAUUAUUACCUGGAAAAAAUAGAUCCCAUUGAGUUCGUUGAAUACUGACCCUACUAGAAAUCUGUCUCUUAAGAUGAAGUCUGUAUUUAGAAAUUUUUACUUUUAGGAAAUAUUAUAAGAAAAUUAGUUUAUCACCCAUAGUUUCUACAUUACCAUUCAUUUCUGAGGCUGUGAGGUUUUCAUUUUUAUUUUAUAAGCUUAUUGACUUUGCUUUUCUCUGGAAUUUUCUUACUUGAACCUAGUUUUUCACGUCAGAGAGCAAAGUUCAACUGCCAUUAAUUUAUCAGAAAUAGUUCUUUCAAAACCGUGCUGAACAUUUUUUGUUUUCUUAUGUUUUUCUUUUUCUUGUGAUUUUUUUUUUUUUUUUCUGAAGUCUGCAACUCAUCUCUUCUUCCUGGGCAGACUUCUCAAAGUAAGAUAAGCUGAGUGUGUUUCUGUAAUGACUUUCCUUAGGUUGUCAAUUACUCUGGAUUUAAUGUCAUUCUGAAGGGCUCACGAACAUAAAUUCGUUCAGUGUACAGCAAUUCAAUAACUGUCACACUACAUGAAAAUAUAUUUCUAAAGUAUAUUAAUUUUUAAAAAAUUAACCUGUUUGAGGUAAAAUAUUAAAUUUGUGCUCUGUGAGUAAUAGGAAUGUUUCACUUAAAAUACUUUCCAGGAAAUAACAUAGGAAUUAGACAGUUGAGACCUGGCUUUCCUUUUACUUAUACCAUUGUAGACCCAGAGGAAUUUUACUGAAGUCAACUGGUGUAAUUCUUAGCUGGCACAACUUGGUGUGCAGUUCCAUGGACUCAGGUGUGCUUUACCAGUUUGUCACCUGGGUUAGGGGCAGAAAUUAUACAUAAACUGGUAUAAGUGAUUGGAAACUGGUUAACAUUUGCAACACAACAGAAGUUCAGUGCACAUAUACUACUUUUGAAAUGUCUGAAACCAGUUUAAGAUAAACUGUAUGGAUGUAGUGUCAGACUUAACUGAUUUAAGUUAAAUCAGUUUCUUGAACUUCUGUCACAGAUCCCCUUCAGAUUCAAGUUAACUCACAGUCCCACUGCAUCCCAGGAUGCUUUGCAUCCCUCCCACAACUUCUCCCUCACAGGGUGGGCAGGUGGACUUGGGCCAAACUGUCUGCUGCAGCUGAGCAGGAAAGUCAUGUUCUAGCACCCCUGGGCUUCUGGCCAGGACCACUGCAGGCAGGUGGCUGCAUUUCUGGAAUCAAAAGUGAAUGUCUGUUCAUUUUCUUAUUGGUUCAAUCUACACAGCUUAAACUAACCUGUGAAGAUUAAAUCAAUUCAGCCUCAGGCUUUUUGACUGUCUGUACUUAACCCUGAAUAUCUGUUAUUACAGGAGGGGAAAACUAGUGUAUGUGAGAUUUGGCCCUCACUUUUCUUGCAUAGACGACAACAACAAAUGAGCACAAAGUUAAGACUAUUUUUCAUUAAGGCAUCUUAAAUUGAAAUUCUGCCUGCGUAAGCCUCCUAUACUCAUUCAGGGCCACUUUAAAACCUCAAAAUAGUGCGUCAGUGGGAUUUAUAUAGUAUCUAAGCUUCAUGUGGUCUUUCUCCACAGGGGUGAAAUUCUGUAAUGUGUUGUACAGUGUUGAACCUUUCUGACUGCUGAGUUUCAACCCCUUCAUGUUAUACACUCCACUCCAGUCUUGGUUGAGCUAAAACAGAUGAAUAUACCUGGAAACUUAAACUUCAUAUGAACAUGAAACAAAGAUAUGUUGAUAUACUGAAAACACAUGGUGCUUUUAAUAGAACUUUCUAUUCAGAUAUAUUUUUUCCAUCUACUCUGGUUAAAAGCUUUUGUGUUUUUAAAUAAACAAAGUUUCUGCUGAGCGGUAGUGGGGCUUUUAAAAGGUUGUUCACAUGACGCACAAAGAGAGAAUGUGGUGAUCAUGAGCAGUGGGACGAAGCAUUUGAUUCUUUAAAUUCAGGUUUAAAUUCAGAGCCCUUGGUUGUGUUUGUGUGGAUCAUUAUGUAGGUGCAGUUUUUGCCAAAUGUACAAAUUUUGCUGAAUCGGCCACAUGAUUUUGCUUAAUUGUCUAACACACUCUCUCACGCAUGCACACACUGUCUCUCUCGUGCACUCUCGCACACACUCAUAUGCAUACACGCACAUGCACACACUAAGCAUUUGUCAGUGCAAGUUUGACAGAAGGCUGAGUGUCUGUUUCUAAAACAAAUAACUUGUCUUAUUGGUUCACUUAUCAUAAAAUAUUUUUUUUGUCAAAAAUCUGUAAAGCCAAAUCUUCAAAUUUCUGUUUGAUGUCAACUCUUCUGUAGUAAAGAAAUAGCUUUGUCUUGUAAUUGGCAAUGAUCUCUUAUUGCUUGGGAAAACCUUCAGAUGCUUCUAAUUGGGAAAACUUCUGCUGAUUUUUAACACAGUGCUUUUGCUAUGCAUGGUAUUCAGUUGGGAAAGUGUAUCCUGAUACUGUUUUUCUUCAGGGUCACUUGAAAUGGGCAGUUCGAAGCACAAUGCCUCCCAUGGGACAAGGUUCCAAACUGCAACAUUCUGUAAAGAAUAAUGAAAUAUUGCUAUAAUAGAAGACUAAACUGGACUGUGUGAGCUGUUAGUUACAUUGCACUUGUCCCUAUGAGACUGCAUUAGCUGCCCAAGAUGCUGCUAUUUUUUUAUUCUUGUUUUAAAAAUAAAGCUCUGUUCUGUUAAAUGUCUUUAAAACAUUAAAUUUACUUUGUUUUAAGAAUGGUCUUUGAGGAGGUGAAGAAUAAGAUGUCUUGUAAAUUGCCUUUACAAGGCAAUACUAAAAUUGUGCCUCCUUGAAAUUUUUGUUCAAGCUAUAGAUUUGAUGAGCUGUGUCUUGUUUUUAAGUUGCUUUAAAAUUGUAUUAGGUCUUCAAACAGAAUAAAAGUUGUUUUGAAACUGCA